ACUCGCAUUUUAAUGCAUAGUCCGUAAACACGUUGUUAUGAUCACAAACUAAACAACACAGGUAGAAUUUACUUAGCGAAUGAUGUUUAUACAUUAAACUUAUAAGUCGGGGUUAACCGUUAGCAGUAGCAUAGUUAGCUUAAGGGUUGUAGUUAGUGUUAAAGCAGCGAUGUCCUCUGAAGCGGUUCUUACUGUGCGGCUGGUCCGAUCUUUUGAGCAUCGCAAUUUUAAACCUGUAGUUUACAGAGGAGUGAAUCUAGAUCAGACAGUGGAGGAGUUUAUCAGUUUUGUAAAGAAUGACAUAUCUACAAGAGCUGGCUUGCCUACACCUUUUAAGAAGUAUGAUUAUGACACCAUGAAGAUUAUUCAUCAAGCACAUGGAGCAAAGACUAAUGAACUAGUGAUGAGUUUAGAGGAUGAUGAAAUGCUGAUUCUACGCAAUGGCCUCGAUCUACGGUCAUGUGGCAUAGCCAAUGAGACAGAGCUAGCCUUCUUUAAGAUGUCUGACUAUGAAAAGUACAAGGCCAAUCCCCAGACUGUGUGGUAAAAAGGGAAAAGAAAAUGACCUGUUGAGUGAGAUGAAAUCCUGAUGUGUUUUUAUUUAAAGGAAGUGAUGCUGAUCUUGGGGUUUACCUCAGACCAAAUCUGGCUUUUUAAUUUCAUUUUACAGUUACAAUUACAAUUGAGACAGGAUACAGUUCAUGCAGAGUGUUUAGGGCCUAGCUCAAGGGCCCAACAGUGGAAGCUUGGUGGUUGUGAGGCUUAAACGCUUGAACUUUCAAGCAACAGUCCAGCAACUGAACUGUUAAGCCAAAACUGUUUUUCUUCUUUUUUUUUUUCGUUGUUGUUGUUUUUUAAACUGUAUAAUCUAAGACUACAAAAACCUUAUUUAAAAAAAAAAAUAUAUGACAAUGGAGGGAUACUUUUACUUUUUCUGUUUUUUUAUUUGCCGAUUACAGUUGCCAUGUACCUGAGGUUGUGUUUAUUUAUUAAAGUC